AUGUUAGCAAAUCAUUUGCUGACUUUCUGUCAUGUACCUCGGACCAGCUCCCUCCCCGGAAGACAAAUUAAAGAACACUCUUUCGCCAAUCUAUCCAUUAUGCAAGCUGCUAGACAAACCUAUAAGCUCGGGGAAGAGAGACGCAGAAUAGGGACUCAGAGUGACACUAGCACGACAUGGUUUACACUGCACUUUCCUUCUUAUGCUCUCGUGUUUCUCCCUCCGACUGACCCGGUACCUCCCAUUUCAUUCACUCUUUCCUGUGGCUUUCGCCAAUCCCAGUCCUCGGAUCAUUUGGACGAUUUAGGUGCCCUCAUGCACGUAGCCGCGAGCCAUAUGCUCCGCAUAACUGGCCCACAUCCGGCCGAGUUUGAGGCAUUUUGGAGUACGAAACUAACUUUCCAGACGGGCUCAACUAGCCUCUUCCGGCUCAUCAUCGCAUCGUGA